UAAUGACUCGUUAUCAGAGUCGCGCGUCGUGGUCGUGGUGUGGUAGGUGGUACUUGUGCGCACACGUUAUCGCCGUAGGUAUGUGCCACAUGCGGUUGUGAACGGUCGUGAACAGUGCCCGUUGUUCAUCUCUGCAGUCGUCCGGCGAAUGCUGUUCGCGUUGUGUUUACCGAAUAGAAAAUAUUAUCGCUUAAGUAUAAUAUUAUAUUAUACGUUCGUUGUUUGUUCGGUUUUCGAUUGUGGAUACAGAUUUUCACAAGACUAUAAUAAUCCGCCGGGUACCUAUACGAUCGCCUGGCCGUACGUUUUCUCCUACCUACCGGAUACGAGAGUCCGAAGAUGAUUCGAUGACGUCGGAAUUUUCCGUUGGUGACCGUCACUGCACAGGAUUAAUAAGCUCGGACGCCACCACCACAAACAGGAAUUUUAAACGACAAUAAGAGCACAAUUCGUUCAUGAUGAGCGUGCAAAAUCUUCGGAACAAGUUCAGCCAGAACAACGGAUCAGUCCCAUACAACCCGCCCGGGCUGAGUUACGGAAAACCCGAUUCCCCAGUGUCAUCGACGAUAAACAACAACAACAAACACCAUCACCACCAAGUGUCGAAUUAUCAGAUGCAAAACGGUGGUGGUGGACGGUUCAAGACGAUUCGUGAGGAGCCGGACGCCCCGGAAGACUUGAGUAACAAACCGAUGGCGACCAAAAACAACAGUUUUUUGCAGAGUUAUCUAGCAAAUGAGAUGACGAAGAACAACAGUGGCUCGAUCGGCAAUGGAAAUAAGCCAAUGGUCGCGGUACAAGUGCCAGUGCACAAUCGGUUCGUCACCAGUAAAUCGUCACCGGCGGUGGAAGUUGCGUCGAAAAUCACGAUCAAGUCCCCUCAGGAAAGUUGCAAGUCGAAAUUGUCGUUUGGUGAAAUAAAAUCGCCUCUGCAGCAAUCUCCGGCCACUCCUGUGCAUCCGCCCAAGCCAAUCGGUGCUAAACCGAUGCUUCCGCCACCGCUGUCGGACAGUACUCCGCCCAGGUUUUCUGUAAAAUCUUCGCCGGUCUUGAACAACAAUAUCAGUCCGGUAUCAACCACCGAGGACAAAUGGAAGAACAAAUACGACGAAACAGAAACAAAGCGAAAGAGUCUGUUGAUUCAGUCUCAAAAACUGUUGAGAGAAAAGUCGGACAUGGAACGCCAAGUAGCAAAGCUGCGCACCAAUCUCGAACUGUCGAAUAAAGAUUUAUCGGAAAAAACCUUGCAACUCUCUCAGCUGAGAAAUCUUUCAGAAGCGAUGUACAAAGAAUAUGACCAAUUAAAACAGCAAUACGAACUCGAAACAACUACGUUGCAAAAAGCAAUGGAACGAGCUUCCCAGUGGUAUAAACAAAAUCGUGAGCUGAAAAGAAGGAGCUCGGCGUUAAUGCAAAAAGUAAUGUCAGUGGCGCCGUCCACGUUGGAUGAUUUAGCAGACGACACGGAUGGUAAUGAUAACGAUACGGACAACAACGACACUGAAAUGGAAGAACUGCGGAAAACAGUUAAAGAACUUACUCAAGAAGUUUCAAGGCUACAGGCCGAAUUAAAUAAAAUAAAAUUACAAGAGUUUGAAGCCCAGGAGCAGACAGUAGACUUAACUUCUGAACUAGAGGAAGAGCGUAGGGCGCGAUUACGUGCUGAACAAGAACUGAAGGAAUUAAAAAUGAAACACGACAAUUUGGAAUCGGUUAGCCGUAAAGUAGUUGAAGAGACAACUGUGUUACACCAACAGUAUAAGAGAGAAAAAGAAGAAGGUGUGAAGAUACGAAGUGAUGCUAACAAAGUAAAAUCCGAGAGAGAUGUACUUGCCAGGCAAAGUCAAUUGUUAAUGAUGGAUGCUGCAUCAGACGAAAAAAUUAUGAAACUUUUGUUUGAGGUGGAACAAUUGCAAAGAACACUAAGCCAAGAGAGGCAAGAGCAUACGGAACAGCUAAAAGACUUACACGAAAAAUUGGAAUCUCAAAGUGAAUCCGAACAAAUUGAAUUGUAUGAAGAGAAGUUAAAGUUAAUCGAAGCGGAAUUACUAUGUUCUCAGCAGAGAGCUGAUAUUGCUGAAUCGCAAGUUGAAGAACUCGAGAAACAACUUCGAGAAACCAAAACUGUAGUCGCAACGCCCCAGUGCGGACCUCCACCACCACCACCACCACCAGCUCCACCGGCACCACCACCACCGCCACCACCGAUGGCGUUGCCGGGAACGACCUCCGGUAUCAAGCUGAAAACGGUUAGCUCGUUGAACCAUAAUUCUAAUGCCAUUGAAGAUCUAGGAAAUUACUUGGGACUGCCACUGGCUACACCCAAGGGCCCUCAAGUCCAAAACGGUGCCAUCGACGCAAUAAUCAAUCAAAUAAAAGGAGGUCGUUUCAGCCUGAAAGCCACGGACAAGGAGAAACAGACUCCGGUCAAAAAACAAGAACCUCAGCCAGUCGUUAACGAGAUGAUGAAUGUUCUAGGCACACUGCGCCGGAAUCCCAAACGAAGAGCCAGUUUCAAAACAGCUCCUGCCGAUGUGGCGCUAUAAUAAUAAUUAAAAAACAUAUUUUACAGUCCGUAACUGUCUACGUGUCUUGCUCGAAACAAUUAUUAUAACUAUAAAAUAUUUAUACAAUUCUUUUUGUUCCUCAAAUGUAUGUGUGUCUGUAGUUCGAGUGUACUUGACAGAUAUUUUCACUACUAAUUAAAAGAAAAAAAAUGUCAUUUUAUUGUACAUAUAAUAUAUAAUAUAUGUAUCUAUAUAAAUGUAUAAUUCUGUAUUUACUAUAUAAUAUUUUUUACACAUAGUUAUUAGAAGCAAUUAUUUAGCAUACAUAUAUAAAAUAUAAUAUAAUGGUCGAAAACGACGGGACAUCUGUGAUUUUUACAUUUCUGCCGAAUUUCUCAGUAAAUAUUAAAUAUUGUGUAUAGUUUAAGAAAAUUCUUUUUAAGAAUAUAAUUUUAUUACUAUUUAUUAAGAAUCAUGAUAAUUUAUUUAUAACCGCGAGUAUGAAAGUUAAUGAUAUAUAGGUAAGAAAUUAUUAUUUUUUAAAUUUUUAUUCUAUAAUAUUUUACUAUAAAAACCAUUGUUAUUAUUUUUUUUCUCUAAGUGGUUUUUUUCAAAGUUAAUAUUACGUUUUAUUUAAAAAAUAUUUGUUACACUUAAAGUACCUAUUUUUACGUUAUUGUGUUUGAGUAAUAGUUUAAUAGCCAAUUAAUUCUAUUUGUUAUGAGAUUCUAAUUUAAAUAAUUAUUUUUGAACAGUGCUAUUUUAGUUAUUUAAAUUGUAUUAUGUAUAGAAGUAAUAAUAAGUUAUAAUAAUAGAAUAUUGUAUUAAAUAUUUUGAUUCACUAACCUAGAAAAUAAAAACUAAAUACAUUUUGAAGUCAAUUAUAUUUUCUUAAUUGUAUACAUUAGUUUAAUAUUUUAGAAAAAUUAGUAAUUCAUUUAUAUUUAUAUUAUAAUAAACUGUCAAACGCACAAUUCAAUGUUAUGUUAGAUAAAUUAAUUUUAUGUAUUGCAAUAGAAAUUCUAUUGUUAAUAAAUCCAUAAUUA